GUAAAGUGUAGAGCCGCGAGACAGAACCGUCUGCACCGAAAAGAUGGAGCUGUCGGUGGCAGGAGACCGGGUUUUCGCCGCGGAGGCCAUCCUAAAAAGCCGCGUUAGGAAAGGUCGAAUCGAGUACCUGGUAAAAUGGAAGGGUUGGGCGCUCAAACACAGCACAUGGGAACCAGAGGAGAAUAUCCUGGAUGAUCGACUCAUAAAAGCCUUUGAGCAAAAAGAGCGGGAGCAGGAACUUUACGGCCCAAAGAAACGUGGACCCAAACCAAAAAACUUUGUACUGAAGGCACGGGCUCAAUCAGGUGAUCGACCUCGGAGCUCAUAUACUCGACGCACUCCACCUUGCACCACCGCUAAGCCUCCCACUGCUUUCUCCUCUGCAAGUUCAGCUGCUCCUCAGCCUUCAUCAUCCUCUUCCCACUCUACCGCUCCAACCCCUAGAGUGCACUCUCUGGCAGCUGCUCAUAAAUUGAAGAAAGACAUACAUCGUUGUCACAUGAUGUCUCGACGACCUUUGCCACGAUCUGACCCUCUGGCCAACUCCACAGGAUCCUCGUCUCGUCACCCCAUUUCUCCAUUUUCUGAAACUGUCCGCAUUCUUAACCGCAGGGUCAAACCGAGGGAGGUUAAGCGAGGGCGCAUAAUCUUGAACCUAAAGGUUAUUGACAAAUCUGAAAAUGGUGGAAUGACCAGUAGAAGGACACCACAGUCAUUUGCAGGGAGGGCGAAAAUCCCGUCCCGAAAUCGAAUCAUUGGGAAAAAGCAUGGGGACAUGCCUUACAGGCCGUUCCAGAACCCUAUGAAGAUGUUAGGCUUUCCGAUGUAUGGCCAACCUUUUGGGCUUAACCCCUCUGGAGGGGCGUCAUCUAUGGCCAAUGAAGGGUCCAAUAUUGGAGCCAGUCUUGGAGGUGAAAGCAGGUGUGGUAGCCAAUCUUCUGCGCAGAGGUUUCAUUACCAGCCUACUCCUUCUCCAUCCAACUGCAGUGGGUCUAAUGGCAGCUCCCCGUCAACUCAGAAACAACUGACUCAAACUGAAGGUUCUACAUCUUCCUCUAAAUUGGCACCCGCAGAUUCAUCACACUCCCAUGAUACCUCCCAGCCUCACCCAAAGUCCAGAUCGACACCAUUCCUUCCUUCUUCACCCUCCUAUUCAUCCUCUCCAUCAUCAUCUCAGGAAGAUGAAGACCUGGGAUCUGUGAAGUUCGCCACUCCUCGGGGCAGAAAACGGGAACUUCGUCAUCAAACCCAGUAAUUGCACCUUGUCUUGUCACCUCCAGUCCUGUAGAGACCAUCAUUCCCAUGUCGUCAGACCUAAAGUUCAGAAUCAACCCAAGAAAUGUUGAUCUCGACAGCUUUCUUGACCUUGUGACAUUGCACCAAGACAUUUUUUUUAUUUUUUGAGGUGCAUUGGGAUCAUGCAGCACAAGAUGCUUCACUCCUGCUUUGGAAGUUCAGCCAGUGUGGGUGAAGAUUGUGUUUCAACUCACGCAUUUGUUAGAUAACACUUGAUGUGGCAAUACGCCCAUUUAGGCAUCCGAACCUCUCAACAAUUUUCUCCCAUGCUAAUGAAGAACACCAGUCAUCAUUGCACUCACUAUAUUAUCCCGGCAUAGGCAUGACUGUAUUUAUAUGCACCAAGCUGCAAAAUCCUGAAGAUCGUUAUUUCCUUCUGCUUGAACUCCUCUUUAAUUUAGAUGUCUGCUGAGACUCUAAACUAAAGUUUGAAUGCUGAGGACUGCAUUUAAAAUGUAGUACUGUACGUUAAACCUUCCACAUACUCAACUUCCCAUUUUUCUUAAUUGAGAAGUACCUUCUCAUUAUUGCCUUCUGACUACAAUAGUUUGUGUUUCUUGUAACAGUUAUUGUAUUUUUGGGGCUGGUAACCAGAGAUAAUUUCUCUUAGAACUUUAUUGGUAGACUUCAAAGAGAUUUUUAUUGUAAGUGGGUCUCAAAUCUACCAAAAAUAACAGAUUGCCUUGGUUGAUGAAACCCUCAACUGAUUUUAAACAAUACAGUUUGGGACCAUGUUCAUUGUAUGUAUUUUGCCGGUGACUGCAUGUCGUUGGCUCUUGAGCUUGUCCUGUUGUCUACAGUUCCAACUCGGUGCUAGAAUUGACAAAAAAAAAAAACAGACCUGGGAUAAAACUUUAGCAGAUGCUUAGGAGGUGUCAGUACUGAUAUUGGUAUUGAACCUAUAAUAUUAGUCUAUCAAGUUUCAAAAGUGGCACCCGUGGAUCUAUAGCAGUUGCUACUAAACUCUGUUGAACUAGUUUAAUUACAAAGGUUAAAGAAAUAGUUAUUCCAAAAUUGUCAAUAUUUACUCACCUUACGCCAUUUUAAGAGUCUUUUAUAAUGGUCUUUUCCAUAUAAUGCAAGUGAAUAGGAGCAGUAAAACUGCAAAAAGGACAAAUGGCUUGUAUGCUGUAUCGCUAUCUAAUAGUUUUUUGUCAUAAAUAGAAAAAAAUGUAAGUAAUUCCUUUCUUUCCUUUCAUCAAUAUGAAAAAUAGCAGCUUUAGCAUUUUUGUUCAAUAAACCUGUAUCUUUAUAUGUUCAACAACAAAGGUUUAGAAAUACUUAAAGGUCAGUACAUAAGGAUUAUACCUAAAUUGGGGUGAACUUUUGAAACAUUUUCAACUUGACUGAAAGCGAAGUAGUUUACGGCAAGUUAUGUGGUAAAAAAGUCAUGUGGUACUUAUUGGUGCUUGUAUGGUCAUAGUUUGUACCAUGUGCGAGGAACUUAUUAACCGAGCAGAGCGUUUUACAAACUCCUAAUCAUUUCUAAAAACAUAUCUAAACAGUUUGGGAACUGUCAGCUUGAAUUUGUGCGGUCUGUGCAGCUGAACGAGCCAAUCAGACGAUCUAUCUGAAAUUGUCCAAUCACCAGGACAAACUUAAUAAACAGUGAGCAUGGUAUUGUACAUGACAAAUUCGCUAGGUUAUGAAAUCGCAUCGUAUAUAACUUAAAAUGAUUUUUAUAAAUGUGCGUGGACCUAUAAAAUCUUCAGACCAUCAGAAUUCGCACCAUGUACGUCUGCCUUAAGUUGUGUCGUGGUGUAUCUUUCUUAUUUUACACCUAAUUACAAAAGGUUCACUUUCUUCACAAAGGUUUUUUUGGGCAGUCCAGCAAGCAAUAUUAUACCUUGCCACAUUAGGCCUGAAGAAACAGGCUAACCUUCAGUUUUCGGCAGCUCACUUGGUUGUAUUGAGUGAUGAUAAAAUGUCAGACUCCACCAGAGGACAAAGGCAAAUCUCUUUAUAAGAUUUAAUUAUAGAACACAAUUAAGUUCCACUUGUAGUCGUACAGCCGUCCUUUAAUGGAGCACUUUUACACUAUCGCUGUGCCUUUAGGGAGGAAUGAACCUUGACAAGGAGGAAUGAUUUGACAAUAUGGCAUUUUUUAUCAACAUAUUUACGAAAAUGGACUUUAAAUAUUUGUUUUAUUUGAAAGAAGUAUCGUAACCUUUUUAAAAGGGUGGCUCAAUGGUUAGCACUGUCAGCAAGAAGGUUGCUGGUUUAAGUCCCAGCUGGGCCAGUUGGAAUUUCUGUGUGGAGUUUGCAUGUUCUCCCUGUUUCAUGUGGGUUUUCUCCGGGUGCUCCAGUUUCCCCCACAGUCCAAAGACAAGUGCUAUUAGUGAAUUGAAUAAACCAAAUUGGCCGUAGUGUAUAAAUGCGUGUGUGAAUGUGAGAGUGUAUGUUUCCCAGUACUAGGUUGUGGCUGGAAGGGCAUCCACUGCGUAAAACAUAUGCCUAAAUAGUUGGCGGUUCAUUCCGCUGUGGUGACCCCUAAUAAAUAAGGGACUAAGCUGAAGGAAAAAUGAAUGAAUGAAUGAGUCUUUUUUAAAAGUCAAACUUCUAAACAUUCAUCAAAAUGUUGGAGCAUUUUGAUUGGUGCAGUAAUUGCCCCGCCCCUCCUUCACUGGAAUUGGGCGGCUAGCUAAAAAGUGAAAUUUAUUAGCAGUGCACUUCCCCCAAAGUUUAUGACCAGAAAAAAACAAAUAGCUAGCUUUCACCUCAUCACAUUGCUUGGUGUUUGAAAAGAAUGUAGUAUACCAGCACAAUCUCACGGCAAUUUGUAACUUUUUGAUUUUGGCUAAUUCGUAUUAGCCACUAAACUGACAAAACAUAAAAUAGUUAUGUUUCCUCAUGAGAUCAGGCUAAGUAUACUGCUACCAAAAACAAUUGAAAAAAUAUGGCAACCCUAAAAACGCUUUGGUGGACUCACGGCCUUAUUUUCAUUGCUGAAGUUAUGUCUACACAUUCAAAAAGGUCUUCAAACGUUUAUCCCAGGUCUGAAAUAAUUCAUGCUCUGAACAUAUCCCUGGUGCUGCCCCAUGUAGGGCGCCACAUGUGGUGCAUCUGUACAAAAAUAUCUAAUACCGAAGCAUGUGUUGCCUUCAGCUGCUCUGUUAGACCCCAUGAUGUUGUUGUUACCUUUGCCUAAAAUCGUUCCACAUACAAACAGUCAAGUCUUUGUUUACCUUAAUAUCCAUAAUGGUAGAAAAUAGAUAGCGCUAUGGUGUGAAACAAUGCAAGAUGGUUGCUCUUAAAGAGGUAGCUUAGCACUAUGAUACUUUGUGGCCUACAUUUCAUGCAAUAGGGCUUGUAUUUUAAGAUGGAACCAUGGCGGCACAGACAAGAAGAGAUUAUGUUUAAAAAGGUAAGGAUGAAGGCCUACUGGAGGUUACAUCUACAGAUAUAUCAGUGUCUGAUGUGUUUUUGUUUGUUUAUGAAAAACAUUUAUUAUUAUUAUUAUAAUUAAUGAUUUUCCCGUGCUGUAGAUGUGAAUGAUACGUGCUGCCUUUAUUUUAUAGCCAUUGUUGUUCAAUUUUACUAGUCUGCUUGGGGUUUGAGAGAAUGUAGAACCCAAAGUAUGAAAUUAAGUGAUUUUUAUAGGAGUCAUCUUUUCGGUAAUGUGUGAGAUUAAUGCCAUUGAUGAAGCUGAUGGUGAUGAUGAUGCUCUUGUGUUAUUGUAAUGUAACGGAUGCAUGAUUUAAGAACACUAAUUGUACAGGUCAUUUCAAUGUCUUUCUGUUGUUGCUUUGUGUGUUUCUUGAAAGAGGCUUUUAAUAAAAUCACUUUAAAGACA